UAGUUACAUGGCAAUGGAUUGGCGACCGACUGUUCCGUGAAGGAGAGAGAGAGAGAUAGAGAGAGAGAGGAGAGAAAGUGUGACAGUUCCCGAGGACACACCUACAUUUGGCAGAACUGAUCCGUAUUUCUGCAAAAAACAACUGUUUAUAAUAAACAUCUCAAGUUAGUGUCCAAAUUGUUAUUUAGUGUUGUAUACUCAAGAAAUCUUCAAACAUCUAACAAGAUUGCGAGAGUUUGAACGUAGAAUGUUGAAAUAAUUGUGAUAAGUCGGCAAUGUCUCGUCACAGUGCUUGUCUCCUAGUAUUCCAACUUCUCGGCCUGUACAUUCUUCUCACAACGGCUACGAUCAAGGGAAAUCCGUGGGAGAAUGAAUAUAGGCUGUCACAGCAUGUACUGCCAGAACUAUACAACCUAUUAAUUUAUCCAAACCUGGACAAUGGUACUUUCAGUGGUAGUGUGGAAAUAACGCUGAAUGUGACAGCCCCGUGUGACUAUAUAACUCUGCACCAUAAGGGGUUGAUCAUAGAAAACUCUAUAUUAAGUGCAAACCAGGGCUCAAUAAAUCUGGUUAAAAAUGCUUUUGAUUAUCCUAAAAAUGAGUUUUGGGUUGUUCGACUGACAGAAAUGAUCAACCCUGGCACUUAUAGCUUGAAAUUGGACUUUAGUGGGUCACUCACUGGUGACAUUGUAGGCUUUUAUAGGAGCACAUAUAAAGACAUCUCUGGUGAAAGUAGAAACAUAGCAACAACCAAGUUUGAGCCGACUUAUGCUCGGCGGGCAUUCCCAUGUUUUGACGAGCCGGGUUUCAAGGCCAAAUUCAAUGUCAGUCUUGUACGACCAUCAAGUGGAAACUACAUUGCUCUAUCCAACAUGGACCAAGUGAGUGAGGUUGCUAACUCUCCUGGCCCAGGCCUGACGACUGUACAGUUCGCUCGUUCUGUACCAAUGUCUACGUACCUGGUGUGCUUUAUUGUCUGUGACUUCGAUCAUCUGCCACCAAUAAAGAGUAAAAGUGGUUUCGAUGUCUCAGUGUAUGCCAGAAGAGAUCAAAUACGGAAAAUGGAAUACUCCCAGCAGAUUGCUGUUUCCAGCAUCAACUACUACAUUGAUUAUUUUGGGGUUCCUUAUUCACUUCCUAAGUUAGAUCUCAUCGCUAUCCCUGAUUUUGUUUCUGGAGCUAUGGAAAACUGGGGUCUGAUAACUUUCAGAGAAACUAGUAUUUUGUACGAUCCCGACUUUAGUUCAACCUCAAACCAUCUUGGAGUGACUUUAACUACAAAUCAUGAACUUGCACAUAUGUGGUUUGGAGAUUUAGUAACAAUGAAGUGGUGGGAUGAUCUUUGGCUCAAUGAGGGAUUUGCAACUUUCAUGGCUGCCAAAGCCUCCGCUCACAAUCAUCCUGAUUGGGAUAUGGAUACAGUUUUCUUGAUUGAAGACUUGAUUGAUGCUCUGGCGCUGGAUUCAACUCUCAGCUCCCACCCGAUCGUAAAACAUGUCUCACACCCUGACCAGAUAACAGAGAUAUUUGAUCGGAUAUCGUAUGCUAAGGGAGCAUCUGUGAUCCGAAUGCUGGAAGGGUUCAUGGGAGAGGAAAAUUUCCGUGAAGGUGUGAAGGCGUACCUGAUAAACUUCCAGUUCAGGAACGCAGAGACCAACGAUCUGUGGAGCUGUCUACAGCGGUAUUCUACAGUCGAUAAAAACAUCCCGCACGUGAUGGAUACAUGGACACGUCAGAUGGGGUAUCCCGUACUGACUGUUACCCAGGCGGGUGACACGAUAACCCUUACCCAGCAGCGCUUCACCGCUGACCAGAACGCUAGUUAUGAUCCUAACGAGUCACCAUAUAAAUACAAAUGGGAUGUACCAGUUACACACUUUACCUCAGAUAACAAACAAUCCACUCUCAACUGGCUAUUGACGGAACAGCCCUCCUUAAGUAUCAAGAUUGGCAAUGCCCAGUGGUACAAACUCAACUGGCACUUCAUGGGCUACUAUAGAGUCAAGUACCCUCUUGAACAUUGGACUACACUCACCAAUGUACUUAACAAUGAUAUCAAGGCAAUGGAUGCUGCGGACCGAGCCAACCUGAUGGACGACGUGUUCAACCUUGCGGAGAGUGGUCACCUGGACUACAGUGUGGCAUUGUCUCUCACCACGUUCCUGCACCACGAAGAUCACAUGGUGGUGUGGACUAUAGCUGCUAACAACUUGCUGUCUAUUGACACUCACCUGCGACUCACUCCCGCCUACUCCAACUACAGGAGAUACCUGAGAAAAUUGAUCACUCCCCAUUUCAAUGAUUCUCUCUGGAGUUUCCCACUGGAUGCGACUUUCCUUCAAAAGUCACAACAGGUACGCAUGAUUGGACUGGGCUGCAGAGUGGGGGUUCCUACAUGUUUGGACAAGGCCAAGCAGCUGUUCACUGACUGGCUACAGAAUAAUGGUCCUAAACCUCAUGUAGAGAUUAGAAACCUGGUCUAUUACUAUGGUAUCGCAGAGAGUGGAGAGGACGAGUGGGACAAAGUGUGGACACUCUACCUGGCAGAGUCAGACCCCCAGGAGAAAGUCAGGCUCAGGACUGCCUUAUGUGCAGUAAAGGAGCCUUGGAUACUGGCAAGGUUGAUAGAACGAGCUAAAAAUGAGGACUACGUCAGAUCCCAGGACUACUUCAUACUGCUCAGCUCCAUAGCCAACAAUCCAGUUGGAAAUGGUCUCCUCUGGGAUUGGGUCAGGUAAUUAUUGAAGCACUGUAUCAAUG